UGUUAUUGUGAACAACUUUUCAACCUACAUAAGGCCAUGGGCAUUGAUUUUUAUUCACUCUGUAAUUUUGCAGCAAAAAUGGCACAUAAUAUAAUUUUUUAAUUUAUAUAUUUAAAUUUAUUCAUUCAUUCAUAAAAGUAAAUUUAAUUUGUAUUAUAGGGCUUUGAUUUACCUUUAAUAAAACCACUGUUUUAUGUUGUACAUUCAAACAAUAAUAAUUUUGAAUAUUAACUGACGUGAUACCUUCAAACACUGACAGCGGUCUCAAUACAGGAAACCAAUUUCCUGAAACAAGAAAAUGACAAAACAUUUUUUUUACAAAAAGCUUCCAGCUAUAAACUAUGGCCCUGUUUAAACUUAGUAGGGUAAUACAAACUCGAUGUAACUUGGGGGUUCGGAAUGUCUCAUUCCAAUCGUUGGAUCCUGCAACCAGGAAAGUUUAUUCACGUUUUAUUCGUGUAGAUCAUGCAGGUGAGUUUGGUGCUGACAGAAUAUACGCCGGGCAAAUGGCUGUGUUGGGCAAAACUGACGUUGGGCCAACUAUUCAGCAUAUGUGGGACCAAGAAAAAGAUCAUUUACAAACAUUCACAAAUAUGAUUUCUGAAUACAGAGUACGACCAACUGUGCUACAUCCGUUAUGGAAUAUUGCGGGAUUCGCAUUAGGUGCAGGAACUGCUUUGAUUGGAAAGGAAGCAGCAAUGGCUUGUACAGUAGCAGUGGAGGAAUCAAUUACUGACCAUUAUAAUAAACAACUCCGGUAUUUAUUAGACUCUAAUGAUAAAAGCGAAUAUCGUGAUCACCUGUUGAAAAAAAUUAAACAAUUUCGCGACGAAGAAAUGGAACAUCAUGACACUGGUUUGGAACAUGGGGCUGUUAACGCACCAGCGUAUCAAGUGUUAAAGCAGACCAUACAAGCAGGAUGUUUAGCUGCAAUAUGGUUGUCUGAACGAAUAUAAAGUGUUUAUUUCUGUGCGCAAUUUAAUUGUGAAUUCUUUUGUAUUUAUUAUUAAAUAAAAAUAUUGAGAUAACA